AUGGUUAACGGUAUGCUAAAUGUUAUUCUGCUAUAUGCAUGCACUCACGUCGGCAAAGCAUGCUUUUCAUCUGGAGUUUGUGGUGGUUAUAGUUGUACACAACCUGCGGCUCCUGUAUGUUCUGGCGGUUGUGCUGCCGGAUAUGCAUGUGGACAAUACGGAUGUUAUUCUAGAGCACGUGCACGAUCCUCGAGAAUACUUGAGGACGCAGUAAACGAUAAGCCCGGAGCUGAUGACACUAUUGCUGCUGUAGUUGCUGCUCCUGUUACAAAAGUACCUUUAAAAUUAUGA